UUCUUAGCUCUAACUUCCUCUACGGUGAGGUUAUGUUUGCCAUCGUCAUUCCACAAUCCACCAAACAACGUUGUUGUCCCAGUGCAGUGGAGCGACAAGAAAGUGAAGGAGAUGUUGAUGAUGAGAAAAAGACUAGCUUGCUGCUCCAGGGAAAGGAAAAUUAGCAUCGAUUUUGAUGAUCAAGAGAGGAUUAUGACAUAUAAUGGCCUUGAGGGUUGCAUGCUAAAUAAUCAGUCUUACGAAGAUGAAAGCAGAACUAGUAGAGGAGAGGAAUGUAUAACCGAUUCAUUUGAUGAUGAUGACUCUAGUUGUUCCUCCAGCAAAGAUGCUUUUGGAUCAUUCUCUUCAAAAUGCUUGACAAUGAAAAGGGAUGAUAAAGGAGUGGAAGAAUGGGAACUCUCAGAAAGUCCUCAACAUUUUUAUGUUAAAGAGAAGCCUUAUGUUCUCCAACAGUCAGAUGUUGAAGACAUGAAGGAAAAAUUUUCGAAGCUAUUGUUAGGUGAAGAUGUUACGGGAGGAACUAAGGGCCUCAGCACAGCUUUGGCACUGUCUAAUGCCAUCACAAACCUAUCAGUCACGGUAUUUGGUGAGCUGUGGAAAUUGGAACCCCUGUCUGAAGAGAGGAAGAGCAAAUGGCGGAGAGAAAUGGACUGGUUACUGUCUCCUACUAACUAUAUGGUUGAGCUAGUUCCUGCUAAGCAAAGCAGUGCCAAUGGUGGGAUCUUUGAGAUAAUGACCCCAAAAGCUCGUGCAGACAUCCACAUGAAUGUUCCAGCACUUCAGAAGUUGGACUCUAUGCUUAUUGAGGCACUAGAUUCAAUGGUUAAUACGGAGUUUUGGUAUGCGGAGGGAGGAAGCAGGGCAGAAGGGAGGAACACAAAUGCAUGGCAUAGUAAAAGAUGGUGGCUUCCAUCACCCCAAGUACCAAAAAGUGGGCUUUCUGAUACUGAAAGAAAAAGGCUUCUUCAUCAGGGAAGGGUGUUACGUCAAGUAUUCAAGGCUGCCAAAUCUAUCAAUGAAAGUGUGUUGCUUGAAAUGCCAGUGCCAGCAAUUAUUAAAGAUGCACUUGCGAAGUCUGGAAAGGCAAACCUUGGACAGGAACUGCAUAAGGUUUUGACAGCAGAAUCAAGAUCUGGAGAAGAGAUGCUUAAAUCUCUAAAUUUGAAAUCUGAACAUAGUGCCCUUGAGACUGUUAAUAGACUGGAAGCUGCUAUAUUCUCAUUGAAAGUGAGAAUUGCAGAACAAUUUAGUAGCAAAUCACCAGUUCGAACCUCAUGGUCGUCUUUUGUGAAGGAUCCUAUGUCAGAGGUUGAUAAAAUGGAGUUAUUAUUGGAUCGUGCAGAAACACUUUUACAGCUGCUUAAAAUCAGGUACCCAAACCUUCCUCAAACAUUUCUGGAUGCUGCUAAAGUUCAAUAUGGCAAGGAUAUUGGACAUUCCAUUUUGGAAGCAUAUUCCAGAGUUCUUGGAAAUUUAGCCUUCAGCAUACUGUCUAGAGUAGGAGAUAUAUUGCAGGAGGAUUGUUUAAGCAAUCCUAAUUCUCCUGCAGUGACGAGUUGCUCUCCUUGGAUAAAUCUCUCUGAAACUUGGGUUGUUGGUUCACAUAUCAGGCAAUCAUUACUAGAUAAGAUGAACAAGGCGGACGGACAAUGUUGUGAUUCUAGCAGUGACAGUACUUGUGAUUUGGAACUUUCAUCUGUUGAUGCCAAAUCCCAGCUCUGUAAUAUAGCUACACCAAACCGAAGUCGUGUCUGGUGCAUUAAUAGGGAGGCUUGUACAAGCUUGUCUCCUCAAAAUUCUCCAUAG